GGAUCUUAAUUCUGGUCCUGGCUAGUGAGUCAAGUCAUUUAACUUCAUUGGCUAUUGGUUAAGCAGCCCCAUGGACUGUUGAGCCAAACUGCCUUGUUUUAUGUCUAGCCCUGCCACUUACUAGUUAUGUCACCUUGGGCUUAAUCCCUCUGUGCCUUACUUUACUUAUCUACAAAAUGGGGUUCUUACUAGUAGCUAAGUGAUAGAGUUCUUAAUUCAUGUUAAAUACAUGGAAUAUGUGUAUUCUGUGUACACAGAACAGUGCCUGGCAUAGAGCAAGCUUUCAGUAAGUUAUUAUCCUCAUAGUGGUUGUUGCUGGAAAAGUACAUAGGCAUAAUAAUGAAAAUAUUCAGGUGUUUAUAGUUCAGGUUUCAAUUACAUAGCUAAUAUUUUCCUUUACUGUAAAGUGUAAUGAAUUCCAUCUGUUUUUAUGCCUUGUGUAUUUUAUGAAAUGAAAGUACAUAAACAUACAUGCAUUAUAACUUUUAUGAGAAUUAUUAUUAGUUAACUCAUGAUUAAUGUUUAUUUCAAUUGGAACCAAACCAAAGCAAAACCCAAAAUACCCUGCUUUGAAGUUAGUUUAUUCCUUUGACAUCGGUAUGUGUUGUGAAUCUUCUGUGAGAUUUCUUUUCACAUGUCUGUUAUUUUAUUUUCCAGCAUGGCAGUAAUUUGAUAGGUAUCUCUGAUCUCAAUGUGCCUGAGCAGCUUUAUCAGUACAUGGUUGGAGGUCAUAGGCGCUUCCAAACAGGAAUGCACAGGGAGAAACAUAAAUCUCCAAGUUAUCAAAUCAAAGAAGGAGAUACCAUAAAUGUGGAUGUGACUUGUCCAGGUGCUACUCUAGCACUGGCUAUGAUCUACCUAAAAACCAAUAACAGGUCCAUUGCAGACUGGCUGCGGGCUCCUGAUACCAUGUAUUUGCUGGACUUUGUGAAGCCAGAAUUUCUCUUGCUUAGGACACUUGCUCGAUGCCUGAUUUUGUGGGAUGAUAUUUUACCAAAUUCCAAGUGGGUUGACAGUAAUGUUCCUCAAGUAAGUACACAAAAUAAGUAG